AUGAGCCGCCAAGCUGGCUCCGAGGGUCGGCCCUUGGGUGAAUCGAAGCGGUCAUUUAAUCUGUUCAACGAGCGCCCUUUUUACUUCAACCGCCAUGGAGAUCUAAGAGAGGCCGAUUUCAAUGACUAUCCGGAGCUCAAGGACCUCAACAUCCAAGUCUCCUUCGCCAAUAUCAGCAAAGGAUCCAUGAUAGCACCCAACUAUAACACGGAGGCAACCAAGAUUGCCGUCGUGGUAGGAGGCAGCGGCCACGUCCAGAUAGUGUGCCCACACUUGUCUAGACAACAGGAGAAAGGACGGGGCCAGGAGCAAGAGGAACAACGAGGUCAGAAAGAAGGCCGGCACUACCAAAGAGUCGAAUCCGAGGUAUCAUGUUGCACGACGUUCGUCGUUCCUGCCGGCCACCCAUCUGUCGCCGUUGCUUCUCGCAACGGGAAUCUUGAGGUGCUGUGCUUUGAAAUCAAUGCCAAGAACAACCAUGGAACCUGGCUUGCAGGUAGGAACAACGUAUUAAAGCAGAUGGAUAGCGUGACUAAGGAGUUGGCCUUUGACCAGCCAGCGCGGGAGGUGCACGAGGUCUUGAAUUCCCCAAGGGAGGAGGUUUUCAUGGCGGGUCCUGAGGAACGCGGGCGGGAGAGCGGGAGAGGCGAAGGCCGCGAUGGCCUGCUGAAAUCUAUCCUUGAAUUUUAA